AUGGAUCAGCUGGGUCAUGUGACAGGUGCUGCUCCUGCCCAAGGUGCCAAAGAGGGGCCGAGCAAGCCCGCUGCCCCCCAGAAGAACGCCUACGCCAGGCUUGUGCAGAAGCACCACAGCGGCCGCUUCCAGUCCUACCUGAACCACAUCGCUGAAAAGAUGCAGCUGGGAGACAGCAGCUCCAAUGACCUCGCCGCCGAUCUGGACCCACCCCUGAGGAGAAGCCUGGUGAAGGAUAAUCCAGCCAGGAAUGGGUUGAAUGUACACAGCUCUUCACCGGUCAGAACAUCUCACCUGGAACAGCCCACGCCUGGAGGAUUUGAGAAUGAUAAACCCCAAAGCGCUCUGAACAGAUGUCCUCAUAAAAAAAGUGCCAUCGUUGGUCCAGAAGGAGAGCUGGAGGUGGAGGAGGACUAUUAUGUACCUCAGCGUGGAGCUGCAGCUGACUUAUUAAACAUGAGCGAUGCCUUGGGUGGGAGGGUGUCACACAGCCUGAGACACCGGGCAGCUCUGCAGAAGUCGUCUGGUUCUGAUGAAAAGGAUGAGGAGGACACAUGGAGGAAGAAACCUAAGAAACGAGGCAGGUGUCCUGCCAACAGAGAUGCAGCAGCUGGACACUUGUUGACUGAGCAGUACAGUGAGGAUGUGCUGGCAGUAAAUGCCAGGAAAAGCAGUCACUUGUCUCCCGGUCAAGUUCAAGGUGCAGAAAAGAGAGGGUUUGCAAGGACCAGAAACAACUCUGAAUCUUCAAGAACUCCUCAUAACUUCGACAGGAAGAGGCAACUCUCUGAAUCACAGACAGAGACAAUGAACAAUUCAGACAGAAUAAAUCCUAGACAACCGGGAUCUCCCAGAGGAGGAUCCUAUGCUGCUGUCUCAACGUCAGGUGACAGAAAGAAUCUAAAUAAACCCAAUCGAGGGAGGAAGAAGAGUGUAUUUGAAGCCUACAUGUCAAAAGAAGAUGUUUCAACAGGACUGAAAAGGGGAGAGCUAAUUCAGGGACCCUUGAGAAUAAAUCCUAAGAAGUACCAUGAAGCCUUCAUUCCAUCUCCAGAUGGUUCUCGUGAUAUCUUCAUUGAUGGAGUGGUCGCUCGCAACAGAGCCCUGAACGGUGACAUCGUGAUAGUGAAACUGCUUCCCAAGGAGCAAUGGAAGGUAAUAAAGCCAGAUGGUAGUGACAAAGAAACAGAAGCCACGCAUGAAUCAGAUGUCCCCGAGGAUAUGUUGGGGACUUGCAUUCCUCAAGAGACGGCAAAAGGCGAUGCUAGAAGUCCAGAUGUCAUUAUAGAAGCUCAGUUUGAUGAUAAUGAUGCAGAGCAUGGACAAGACCACUUGCAGGAUACGUUGACUGAUGACAUUAAGAAACUUUCCCUGGAUACCGGUGGAAAGG